AUGUACGGUUCAUAUUUCAGAUCUUCCGACCUGAUUCUCCAUGUUGGGCCUAUGAAUAUCAUUGAGGGGGCUGAUAUUGCCUUGUUCGAAGCGAAGACAGCAGCAACUGUCACAUUCAACAGGAAUUCUGUCGUCAUCGGGGACCAAAAAUACGAGCUCUUUUCUAGACCUGUGCUUCAGCAAAUUUUAAACUGCCUGAGUGAGAGGAAACUCCGUGACCUUUCGCUCUACCUGAGUUUGCCUAAUUUCCGCGAUAGCAUUGAUAUGCUUCUAACUCGGAAAAAGACUGGACGGCUUCAAUAUGACAUUUAUUGCACAUUUUGGCGACGGAUGUCUCCUUUCUUCCGUGCAGGUGACAUUAUCUUGACUGAAGCCCGAAUAGCCCAAGAUGGAGCACGCUGUUUUGUUUUGCCGCGGGAUACGAGCUUGAUCAAUACUGGUGCCCGAAAGUUACCCAGACAUAUGCUUGCUACCACCUUGGUUCUCUUUGAAGAAGCCAAGGGGUUCAAAAAGGCCCACAAUGAUCUGAGAGCCAUUCUCGACAAGAAGCUCAAUCUUAUUAUCUUUGUGAUUAACGAUGGGGCACCCAUCAUUGAAAGUCUAAUGCAUAUAAUGAAAUACCAACGACAAGAUUCCGAUCCCUGGAGAUAUUCAGAAUCUGUUUCUUUCUUUGGAGCCCCACAAAAAACAUCUUACCCAGUCUCCAUCACCAUAGCCAGAACAUGGGGCGACUUUGAUAUCAUUAUCCAUGAUAAGAUGAUUCAAUCCGGGAUAGGACUGCACAUUGUGGAGUUCAUGUCAACCCCGGAGAUCCAAAUCAAAGCCCGUCUCUUCUUACUGAAAUCUAUCGCCCGGCCCCGAGCCCUUUCUCCUUGA